AUGUCGAUUUUUGCAAAUCAAGCUGAGGGUCUAAUUCAAAUUGGAGUACCAUCGAUUGAACGUCCUUUUGGAUUGUAUCUUUGGCCGAUUUUCAGCAAGGUCUUUGAAAUAGUUAUUGGCUACCCCGCAGAGGACUUUGACUUUAUUUAUCAUCAAACCUUCUUGGCCAACGGGUACCACGCCAUUGGCAUAAUCAUUGUGUACUAUAUUGUCAUCUUUGGCGGCAGGUCCUUGAUCAACGCUUUAAAGCUCCCAGCUUUGAAAUUGAAUUUGCUUUUCCAGUUGCACAACAUUGUGUUGACGUUCUUGUCGUUGAGCUUGUUGUUGUUGUGCGUUGAGCAGUUGGUGCCCAUGUUGUAUCACCACGGCUUGUUCUAUGCUAUCUGCUCACAGGGAGCGUUUACCCAGAAGUUGGUUACUUUGUACUACUUGAACUACUUGACGAAAUACCUUGAGUUGGUUGACACUGUGUUUUUAGUGUUGAAGAAGAAGAAGUUGUUGUUCUUGCACACUUAUCACCAUGGGGCAACCGCAUUGCUUUGCUACACUCAGUUAACGGGACACACCUCGGUGGAGUGGGUGCCAAUCACUUUGAACCUCGCCGUUCACGUUGUUAUGUACUGGUACUACUUUUUGAGUGCGAGAGGCAUUAGGGUUUGGUGGAAAGAGUGGGUCACUCGUAUCCAGAUUAUCCAAUUCGUGUUGGACUUGGGUUUUGUUUAUUUUGCAACCUACACCCAUUACGCUUUCCACUACUUCCCCUCUUUGCCACGCAUGGGAGACUGCCACGGAAGUGAAUUGGCCGCAGCUUAUGGAUACUUGAUCUUAUCCAGCUACUUGGUCUUGUUUAUCAGUUUUUACAUUAAAGUUUACAAAUCAAAGGGAGGAAGUUUUGCCAAAAAGAUUGAGAAAAAGACCGAAGCUGAAGUUGGCACUACUUCUGGAGUUGAAACCGCUUCAACCAAGGUCAAAUCAAGAAAAGUGUGA